GCCUCGUGGUUGCGCUGAAAAUUCCCCACCCAGACGAAAACCGAAAACCCCAACCAAAGGAGAAGGAACGCUAAACCUGCGCCGCCGCCCCUGCCGGCUGCCGCUAUGGCCGAUGAGCUCAACGAACUCAUCGAUUUCCUCUCUAAUAGCUCCCCUCAGGUGCGUGGCGCGGCUGCGGACAUCGUGCGGGGGCUCACCGGAGACGGGGAGGGCCUGCGCUCCCUCACGGCGCGCGCGGACCGAGCUCUGCCGGCGCUGCUCCGACUGCUCGCCUCCGUAGGGGGCGGCGCGGGCGAGGCGGCGGCCGACUCGCUCGUCAACCUCAGCCAGGAUGGCGCGCUCGCCGCGCGCCUCGUUGCGCUCGGCGCCGUUGCGGCCGCCAUGGACGUGAUGGUCAAGCGCAGCGGAGAGCAGCCUAAACUCGCUCGCAGCCUCGUCAUGCUGCUCGUUAACCUCACUCAGGUCGAGUCUGGCAUCGCAGCCCUCCUCCAGGUUGGUGAUGAGAAGGUGCAAGGGUUAUAUGUUGCGAAGCUUGUGCGGUCAUUCUGUAGAUCAUCCAGUGAGUCUGAAGAUGAAGACAUUUUUGAACACAUCGCCUCUAUACUUGUCAACAUCUCAAAGGUCGAAGCUGGAAGGAGAAUACUGAUGGAACCUAAGAGAGGUCUUCUAAAGCAGAUUAUACGGCAAUUUGAUUCAACAAACCAACUUAGAAAGAAAGGGGUUGCUGGCACCAUCCGUAACUGUUGCUUCGAAGCUGAUACCCUGAUACAAAAUUUGCUUUCUAUAGCAGAAUAUCUUUGGCCAGCUCUACUUUUGCCUGUAGCUGGAAAGAAGAUCUAUAGUGAAGAAGAUAGAUCGAAAAUGCCUCUUGAGCUUGCAAAUGCACUUUCUCAUGAAAGAGAAGCUGUUGAGGAUUCUGAAAUUCGAGAACGGGCACUGGAGGCUAUUUAUAUGAUCGUGAUGCAGGAUGAUGGACGAAGGGCCUUUUGGUCAGUCAAUGGGCCGAGGAUACUGCAGGUUGGUUAUGAAGAAGAAGAGGACUUGAAAGUGAUGGGAGCAUAUGAGUUGAUUGGUUCUUUGCUCGUUGGCAAGGGUGAGAUUGAACAAGAUCAAGAGCAAGGACAAGACAAGCCUUAAUGGGCCCUCCAGUGUGUACAAUAUUGUUUUGUGUACUUGUUGUAAAAUCUGGGUUUAAAUCUAAUGCAAUUUAUUUGUCUCAAAAAAAAAUCUAAUGCAAUUUAUCACUUCAAAUUAUCUUAGGCUUGAUUUAGAUAUACUCUUUUAGGUGGUCUUCGCGGUUUGUUGCUCGCAGAACAGUCUACAGAUCUUUUGCUUUAGAAUACUUUGCAGUUAGGACUGGCAUCGGUCGACUCUGGCACUGCUAUGGUCAGCUGUAUGAACACAUGCAUAUCUCCUUCGCUGUUCUAAAACAAGCUGUAUGCACAACACUUUUCAA